AUGCCUCGCCAACCACCACAGUCCCUCCCCCGCGUCCUCGCCGCGGACGAAAUCGUGCCCAUGGUUCAACGAGUCCUUGCAACCCAACGCUCUGCCCGCGAACUCGCAGCCGCGACAAUCACGCCUUCCGAGGCGACCUUUGCCAACACCAUUGCCCUGUUCCUCCGAGCCGACGAUGAGACGCAAGGCGAGACGGGUGCGUUCAGCGUCCUCCGCUUCUCUGGCCCGGAUAAGGCCACACGCGAGGCUGUGGAAGAAGGCCAGCGGCUCUGGUCCGCGUCUACGGCGGAGAGGUUGCGGAUGAAGGGGGUUUACGAGCUGGUCAAUGCUGUCAAGGAGAGGGAUGAGGAGGCGCUGGGAUACGAGGAAAAGAGGAUUGUGAGGGACUUGUGGCUGGAUUAUCGCGGGACUGGGCACGGGGUUCUGGAUGAGGAGGGGAUCAAGCUGUAUCUUGAACGGAGGGAAAAGAUUGAGGAGUUGAAGAGGGCGUUUAGAAAUAACUUGUUCAAGGGCAGCGGAGGCCUCUGGCUCACGGAGGAAGAGUUGGAGGGUGUGCCCAAGGUAGAGAUGGAGAGGUGGAAAGCAGCAGGGCAGGAAGACUUGCUCGAGGAAAGCGGGAAGAGAUUUGUGACGCUGGAGAGGUCGGAUUACAAUGCCGUGCUGCGGCAUGCGCGCGACCCGGAGACAAGGAGGCGGGUCUACGUCGCGUUCGAUAACAGGUUCCCCGAGAACGUGCCGCUGUUUAAGGAGAUGCUUAUCCUGCGGGACGAGAAUGCGAGGAUGUUGGGAUACGGGAGCCAUGCGGACUUUCGGAUCGAAAGGAGAGUUGCACCGUCGACUAGGUGGGUUGAGGUGUUCUUGGGGCAGUUGAGUGGUGGGUUGGAGCCUAGGGGACUGGAGGAGAUGGCGAGGCUUAGGGACAGGAAGAAGAUGGAUUUGGGGGUGGUUGGAAGAUAUGCGGUUCAUGGAAAAAACGAAGGGGAAGGGGAAGGGAAUGGGAUUCUGCCGUGGGAUUUUGAGUAUUAUACCCGGCUACUUGAGGAGGAGGCGGAUGUUGACCACGAGAGGAUUUCCGAAUAUUUCCCCCUGAACCAUACGUUGUCGGCCAUGCUGGGCUUGUUCACCGAAUUUCUAGGUCUUGAAUUUGAGCCUGUACCGGAGGACGACCUGGUUGGCAAGAUAUGGGAUAAGGAGGUCCAGGUUUGGGCUAUCUGGGAGGGGGGAGGGGAGAGGAAGGGGCAGUUUGUGGGAUUCCUGUACGCCGAUGUCCUUUGGAGAGAAGGGAAAUACCGGACUGCGUGCAAUGUCAACCUGCAAUGCGGUUACUUGAAGGAAGAUGGAAGCAGAGUAUAUCCUGCCACAGUACUCAUGUGUGCCUUUCAGCCCCCAACAGCUGCGUCUUGUGCGCUGUUGAAGCAUCACGAGGUUGUGACCUUGUUCCACGAGCUGGGCCACGGGCUUCAUGAUCUUGUAUCCCGCACAAAGCACACCCGCUUCCACGGCACGCGAGUGACGCCAGACUUUGGCGAGGCGCCGAGUACGAUGCUGGAGAAGUGGUGCUGGAUGCCGGACGAGCUGAUCAAGAUGGGACGACACUACUCGCGUAUUGACCCUGCGUACAUGGAAAAAUGGAAGGAGGACCAUCCGGAUGGCGAAGAGCCCCCGCCGGAGAAGAUUCCAAAGGAGUUGGUGGAGAAGUUGGUUGAGAGCCGUGAGCUGAAUCGGGGGCUAUGGUUUCUGAGGCAGCUGGUAUUUGCCACGUUUGACAUGAUGGUGAACAACCAAGAAUCCACCAAUGCGUUGAGGGAGCUGGACGAAGUGAAGCUCUACAACGACCUACAGGACUCCAUGACACUCAAGCCUAACCCAGACAAGAGAGGCUGCGGGCUUGUUCACUCCACGCAUCUUAUCGAACUUUACGACGCGGGUUACUACGCCUACAUAAGCGCCCAAGCAUUCGCGGCCGCCUUCUUCGAGUCGUGCUUCGUCAAGGACCCUCGCAGUCCCGAUGCGUGGGACCGUUACCGGCGAGGAAUCCUCGAGUACGGCGGGAGCAGAGACGAGAUGGAGAUGAUGACGGAGUUUUUGGGUCGUGAGCCCGGGCCCGACGCGGUGUUGAGAAGUCUCGGGCUGUUGGAGGGUGACGAGCGCGAUGCUGAUGAGGGUGAAACGGCGACGGGAUCGAUGGGAGACUUUUGUGAUUGA